ACCGCGUUCACUCCGUUUGGUUAGCGCGGGUAACAACGCUUUUCACAAAGCUUGAUUCAUAACUUUUAGCCCAUUAUUGUCAAUUCAUCACUUUUUGACAGCUCACAUGAAUCAAGCCUUGUGAUGUGUCUGCUAGAGGCCUUUAUUUAAGGAGUUUGGAAGUCGUGUAUAUCACUGAUAUCAUACCUCAGCUGGAUUUAUAGCGACAAGGAAUAAGGAGUUCUUACGACGAUGUACUCUCGAUCGCGGAUUCCUCGUUCGAUUAUGUUACUCUUCAAAAUUACUCAGCAGAAUGUUGUAGUGCAGGGUGGAAGAGACAUCGUGCCUGGAUACGCUAUUGAACGGUAGGUAGCGUCUUGUUGUUCAUAAUUUUUCUAAGAUCAAUAGCAAUAUUCAGUGUUCUAAUUUCACUUAGCUUCCUCAGACUCUCAGAACAGCUGUUGUUGUUGCCAGAGGUAAACUAAGCUUAAAUGUAACAGUGGUGAAGCGAAAAACGAGACACUUAUGCGAAAAAAUAAAACGCAAAUCUAUUACAUUUUCUACCAUCCAUACUAACUGAAACACUAACAAAUUUACUUCAAUGCGGUCUGUCUUGUUUGCACACCACGGAAAUUAAGGAAUAAUUUAUAGCACUUUUUUUACUCGCAGACAGAUUGGACUAUGGGCAUGCAUGUUUGUUAUGUUGUUGUUGAGUUUUUAUUGAGUUGCUAAAUUUACCUUGCUGUUAGGUCCAUACAAACUUCACGCUACAAUAAGCUUAAUCGUGAAUUUGUCAAGAAUCUUUUGUAUGGUUUGUAGAACUUUGCUGUAGGCCAUAGUUAGAGCAGAUUUGUCAAAAUGGUGAUAAAUGGUAUCUAUUGAUCGGUGCUGUUCUCAUGUUGACGCCGAUAAGUGACGAAUGAAUGAAGAUUUGUUUAGGAUAGGUGAUUUUUGGAAAUAUCUAUAUAUUUUUAACACUUUUGCAUGGUGGAGGUAAAUUGUAAUUGGCCCGAAAGUCAAAUAAUAAUUAUGAUAAAAAUAUUUUCUGUAUACAAAGCUGAAGAUUAAACAAUUUUGAAGACUCUUGACAGAGGGUACUUGGAUACAUACAUAUUUCAUGGGUGGUAUGUAAAAUUCCACAUACCACCAUGUACUAUAAAUGCCAAAAAAUGUCUAUCAUAAAAACAAAAACAAUUAAUUUGAUCUUUGCAUUAUCUUUGACUGUAGAAUGUUAAUUGCUACAAUCCCGGACAAAACUACUUGAGAAAGUUUUCCCAAUCAUGUCCACUUUCCUACGCAACAAAACUAUUUCCAAAAUGAUGCCUUUGCGGAAAGAAAUCCCCUUCCCCCAGGUCAAUUUUGGUUCCUUCAAUAACAAAACAACAACAUUACUUUCAGGAGAAGGAGGAGAGGGAAGGACUAGUACAGCUACAAUGUUUAGAAAAUGCCCCCAUAGUAUACAAUUUUCUCAACAGUUUUAUCCAAGAUUGUCGUUUUUAAAUAAUCUUUUAAUUUUUUGCUUGACUCUCAUUUCUUUUGACCAAACUCUUCAUUGUGACAGUUUGUGACUAUCUCUUACAAAAUCGUGGUAUCUUUUCAUUGCUCCCAGGCAGGGCAGGACUUACUGAUAACGUGAGUCAUCUCCUGUUGUGAGGUCAUGUUAAAACCAGUCAAAGCUAAAUGGCGUCUGUGUUCGCUGUCUUGAACAUUCACUACAGCUGUAUCUCAGCAGCAAAACAUCUUCGUCAUUACUUUUUGCAGUGUGUACAGCUGAACAUGCAUAUUGAACUUUGCCCUGCUAUAAUCACUGUGCUUUCCAUUUUCUUGAAUAAGUUCAAUCUCCUUAGACCUUCUAGGCCUGUAGGCCUCUUGGUGGAAGGCAUCAGUAUAAUCAUGUUAUCUACAGUCUCAAUAAUGUUUUAAAUGCAUUUCACAAUGACAGCAACCAUAAAUGCUAAUUAUUCUCACGCCCCAAGGGUUGGAGCUUGAUGUUGCUUUUUUAUUAGGAUGCCCUUUGUCUUUGUAAAAACUGUUGCUGAUACUUAUAUCACUUGUUAUGAAUAUUUGAAAUACUCACAUCAGCCACCAAAAUUGCACCAAACAUCUCACAAGUAGGGUUCUGAUACAUAUACUGGACAGGUAUUUUUUUCAAAAUAAUUGAAAAUUUACAUAUUUUGCACAAUAUUUACCACGGUCUUGUUAAAUUUUAAAAUUAAUUAUUUAUGCCCAUGAGAAAAUAAGAUGAUAAGGUUGGUUUUAGCUGGCCUAGGCAAAAUACAUGCAAGAAAAAUUUAGAAAUAGGUAAGUCUUGGUUUAACGGGCACUGCACACACUUUGCAGCACCCACAUUACGGCGUGUAACACUGGUAUCUAAUCAUUCAUUCUUAAACAAACUGCCCCCUUGGUGGGAUUCUUGUUGAUUGUAAACAUGAUCAUUCAGAUAUUGCUAUAUGGGGAAAAUUUUAGUUCUCAUAGGAUCAGUAACAGAGACAGCCAUCACACUUGCUAGGGCUUGAAAAAAACUUGAAUAGUUUCCAGCCUGUCCUUUGAGGAAGCAGCUCUCUCAUAUUUUAUUUGCACAGGGCUACUUCUUGCUCAUCUUAGUUAAUUAUUUUGUUAGAAGAUGGCCUGCCUGGACCCUUGCCCUUUGGGCAAGUGAGCUUUAAACCUUGUUUCCAUAUGACUGCCACAUUGGUGGGAGGCAAGUGCUCUCAUCACUGUGCCACCCUUGCUCCCUAUUUUUGAGAUAACUAAAAGAACUUAAUUCUGUCCAAGCGAUUGAGGUCAUCUCAGUUGUCCAUGUUGUUUGUUAUCAUCCGGGUAGUGUUCCCAUAUGAUCAUCCUGAUCACUUGAAUAUUAUUUGACACUACUGCAUGGGGUGAUGAGGAUGAUCCAGAUGAUCAUGUGGAAACCAGGCUUAAAAGUUACUCGCCCAGCAAGAAAAUCCUCUUGUCCCAGAUUGCUGUAUGGGACUUUAUUCGAGCCCUGCAUCAUUUUGUUCAAGUGGGCAUUUUUAACUACAAGUUAAGACACUUUAAUAGGCUAAAAUGAAAGAGCUGUGUGUUUGUGUGUGUUAUUAGUUUGGGAAAAAAUCUUCUCAGCUGUAUGAAAAGAACUCCAGGCCAGAAUGAAAUUAAUUAACCUUAUGUUGAGUGAAUAGCUAGAGAACUGAAAACUAAUAAUAACAAAAAUGAAAUAGUUAUAUUGGCAGUUUUAAUUUCAAACCCCAGAAAUUAAUAAUUCCACCUGUUGUGAUGCUCAACAUUUUUGUCCUACUUUUGACUUUAUGAAUAAAUUUAUGCUUAAACAAUCUUGAGAAAUGAGUAAAUGUGCAUAUACAAUGUUUGGUAGAAAGUAAUGAAGAGGAUACCACUACAAUGUAUCUAUUUCUGAGGAUAUAGUUGUGUCAUUUCACAGUAUGAAACUUGUUUUAUGCAGUUAUUUUGUUAGAUACAGUGUUAAUAUUGAGCAUGAGGUGAUUCUGAUUCUGUUCAGAACACACAUAUUACCUCAGCAACCUGCUCCUCAACAGUGUGUGUUAGUGUAUUUAUACACUAUAAACAUGUGACCAUUGUUAGGGUGUGUUUGAUUUAUCACAAAUUAUUCCAUGAUAAGAAUGCAUGUGUCCAAAAGUUGUGUUCCAGAUCUCUUCUACCCUGAUUUUUGAACCAUGUAAAUUCUACAUACCUCAAAAUAUUUUAUUUCAAGCUGGCUUUUAGAUAUUUCGAUGGCAGGAAUGCCAAAGUGAGGGAUUUCUAGAGUUUAUUCCAUUUAUUCUUACUCUGGAUAGUCAAUCAAACAUGCCCUAAGAAUGGGCACCUUAAUUAGUGUUUACUUGUAAAAGCAAUUUUGUUUUUCAUGCUGUGUGUGAGUACAGUGUGUUACAACAUUUUUCUACAAACUAAUGAUAACUCACAGUAACAUUAUCUUUUAUUAUUUUCAAAAUAAAUGAAUUAUAAAUAAUUUGUUGAUAACUCAAACUCCCUGGUGUAAAGAGCUUGAGAUGAUUGUCAUGUGUUUUUCAUUUGUAGGCAAUGAGUGCAAGAUCUAAAAUUAAAGAAAAAAGGCUAUAUAUGCCUGAAGACAACCUCAUCUUGUCAGAGAUUGCCAUACUCACAGGUUGUUACUCUUGGCAAUAGCUAUUUUCUGUUAUUAAGCACUUCAGAUUAUAAUAGGCUACAUGUACUCUUAACAGUUUUCUGCCAAUAACCAGAAAUUAUUGAAAUGACAUAAAUAUUGAAUGUAUAACGCACCCAGAAAAACAUAUUCUACCCAAUUUAUGAAGCUACUAGUUUCUUAAAACUGUAACUGUUGAAUUUGUUUUCAGGAAAAUGUACUGCAUUUUGUCUUGAUGGAACUAUGUCUUUGUAGACUUGUUUUAAUGAAAUGUUUAGAUUAACUUGAUGUCGUUUCGUGUGCAGGUGGUUGUGACUUACAAGGUCAUCCCUUGGUGACACUGUCAUCUCAGCGUUACUCCAGCCUUGUCUUACUCAACCCCGCUGAUGUUAUCAGGCUGCUGAAAUAUCUUGCUUUUCUUGCCAGGUUUGUUAUGUUUAGUUUUAUGGAGCUUAAACUGGCAUUUAACACCUUUCAGACAAAAACAAGAAGAACAAAAGAAAGAAAAAACAACAACAGAGAGACAACCAAAUAAUUAACAAAAUUAUUUUGUUUUAUAGGUCGUGGUAUAAAGAGGCUGGAAUCUCAUUUCUGAUUGACUUCCGGAGUUCUAGGGAAGCAGUAGUAUCUCAUGUCAUAGACUUGAUUCAAAUAUUUCAGGUAAUUGUUUUUUUAUAAUGUCUGAGAUAUGGUUUAACUUAACAUAUAUAUCCUAUAAAUUUCACUGUUGUAUUCUUUGUCUGUUUGUUUGUUUUAGAAUGACACUCGUUCAGUUCGAAGUCUUUACAUCAUUUUACCAGAGAAUAAGCAAGUAAAGAGACAUUUAACCAGAGAGAUUCAUGCUCGGCACGAAAAAGGACAGCUUAAUUUUCAGGUUCAUUUACACUGUAUAUUAAAAACGUAUGUCACAUGCUUGUAGCUCCCUUCAAAUCCAGUAAUUGAAUUGAAUUUGCUUUCAAUCAUUCCUCAUCUAGAAGUGGAAAGUUUUUGCCUUUGAGUUAAGAAAUGAAAGUAAAAGUUUCAAAUCAAGUAAUUGUAAUAAGUUUAAAUGUUUGUUAGUAUUCAUUAUAAAUUAAGUUUACUGUCUUUUCAGACUGUUCCAGUACAAGGAACAUCUAAUCUCUUGACCUACAUUGAAGCCAGUCAACUGACUACCGCUUUCGGUGGCUCACUUGCUUAUGAUCAUAAAGCAUGGAUCAGGUUGCAAAAGGUAUCAAAUUCACCUUGAUCUGUAUUCUACAAUGUAUUUUUUUGUAAAGAAUUAACAAAUGAAUACUGUAUACAGUCUGGUAUACAGUCAAACCUCUCUACAAUGGCCACCUUGGCGACAGAAGAAAGUGGCCGCCGGGGAGGUAAGGGUGUCAUAUGACAAUUUUUUUAGGGAGUACAACAUGUUUUUUGUGCUACAUUCAUGCUUACUGUGUUCCAUAAUCAUGGUAAUCCAAUCAUAUGUAAUGUAUAGAGAUAAAAUACAUAAAAAGCUUUAGUUAUGUCGUGCAUCAAAAUGUUAACGUGACCAAACGAGCAAGGUUUGCAACAUUCGCUGUAGAUAGUUUUCACUGUCACGCAACAAAAGACCAAAUUGGAAACCGCCCAGUGGAAGAAACCAAGAAAAUGAACUGUUAUAAAAGACUAAUAUAAUUUAGAUACAAUUUGUCCAAGUCUCAGGUCUUUGUGGCCCAUAGUUUCUGAGUUAUUUGGCGAAACAUCUCACGCACCUUUGUGGGGAGCUUUGUAUAGAGACGCCAUAUUGGUGCACCGAAUCAACAAAAAACAUCUGAAGUUUACUUUUUCUAUAAAAGCUCUUUCUUUUCACUCGAGAACUAGCGUACGUACGCAUAAACAUAUCUUCUAAUACUUGAAGUGGUUAUAUUGCCGAAAAUCAAGAGGAGAGAUUUCUUUUCAACGAGAAAGCAUUCCUAUUUUGGCGUCACGCACUGUGAAAACUCGGAAGUUCAAAUUGCUGUAUUUUCGAAAUGAAACAUGCUACGGAAAUAGAAACUUGUACAAAGAUUUACUUUUUGUUUAUCUUCAACCUAGUGUAAAUAAGAAUUCGUAAAACCUCGCUAUUUUGACUUUACAAUUUGAUGACGUCACAGUGAAAACCAUCUAUAAGUAUCGUAGACAAUUUUUGGUGACUGCAGCGGUAUAUUGAAAUGAAGCAAAAUCAAAAUACGAUGGCCGUGAUUUGUCAUAAAUGUCUCAAUUCGUGACCAUCCUAGACUUUUUCAUCAGUCACUGAAAAAAAAAACUGGCCGUUGUCGAGGGGUUAUUUUGGCAGUUGGGGACAUGCGUUAGUGGCCGUUGCCGUUGUAGAGGGGUUGCUGUUUUGGAGAGGGGGGCGUCAGUGUAGGUUCGACAGUACCUUACUUUUGUAGUUGCACCUGCAUGUCCGAUUAUUCCCUCUAUUAAAACGCAUGCUUUUUACAUUUCUACACUUUCCGUUUUAUAGCUAUUUCCAGCGUUGCCUGUAUUGUUUUUUGUCAGAAGCAUAUAUGCUUCUGUUAUAUGCUUCUGUUUCUGUCCACAGAAGUUGGAGGAAUUCUAUUUCACUAGCGACUACAUCACAACUCACCUUCCUAAAGCACUAAAUGAAGUGAAAUCUCUAAAAAGGAUGCAGUCUAGAAAGGAGCAAUCCGGUGGAGAUUUAGUCCUUCAGAGAGUGGAAGAAAAGAAGGCAAAGAUAAAACGGUAAAUAAUCCAGCGUGGCUGCUUGUACCGCCACAGUACUAGAAUUUCUCUUGAACGUCAAAAGUUAUUAGUAACUAGAAGUUGAACAAUUGUUGGUUUUUCUUUGCUUCGUAAUUGGUGGAGAGAAUUUCCGCCGCUUCUCAACCAAUCAGAAAUAAAAUUAUUCCCGCGCUUUUUGUUAGGGGCCGACUGUGCAUGUGUUUAUGUAACAGUUUGAAGAAGUUACCAUCAGUUUCAGAGAAAAUGAUCAUAUUGUGAUGGAGCGUGCUUUUUUAAAUAACCUUCAGUGAUUUAUCCAUCGAUGUUGCCAUUGAAGAAGGAAACCAUCUCAGAGAGCUGACGGUCAGACCUGGAUCUGACAGAACGUUCUCAGUGAUGUCCAAAACUCCUCAGUAUGCCUCUAUGAUGGAAACCAUCCAACCUUACCGUGACCAGCUCAUGCACGCUAAAAAACAGCUACAAGACGCCUUGAAAGGUGGAACUACUUCUCACCCUGUUCCGGUCACUAGUUCCCAGGCCAAGGAUGUUCUUGAACUGAAAGAGAAUCUGAGUCGGGUAAGGCCUCUGUGAAUUAACUUAUGUUACAGAAGAGCACAAACUGGAAACUUUAAACGACCUGACUCUUGGUGAUCCUGAAAAGCGGAACCGUGAGCCUAAGAGCCUUUGCGCCAAAAAAAAAGUAAAGUAAAGUAAAAAAUAAUUGCCAUAAUUUAAAAAUAAGGUUAUAGCUAUGUUGAUGAUUAUAAACAGUUUCUUCAGAGUUGUUCUUGACAAAAGAAGUCGUAGGACUUAAGGUGUAAUGUGAGUUAGAGUCCUAAAUGAAAAUAUGAAAUAAUUGAUUCUUUUUUACAGUUAGAGGUCUGUACUCCACAUAACACUUUGAGUCCUAUGCUGAAUUAAAGUUAUGUUACAGUAAGGCGCAAACUGCAAAAUUUAAACGACCUGUCAGUUAGUGAUUCUAGCAGCGGAACUACAGUGUAUGAACCAAAGAGGCUUCUGUGUAAAUACAAGGUUUAAGCUAUAUUGAUAUGAAACAGAUUCUUCAUAGUUGUUGUUAACAAGAGAAAUCCGCGGGCAGGUGUAUUAUGAAGUACAGACCGCUUAACAAUCUCUGUUGAAUGCCGGCUGAGGUCUGUACGUAACGCUUAGCACCGUGAACAUUGCCAAAUUUACCUAUGGAUUAAACAUUCCAUUUGUACGCAGCAGUUAAACGAGUCUAGAGUUACCUUAAGUGUAUGAGGUAAACUGUUUGCAUACAAUUCUGCGCAAGAUAUACAAGAAUUUUGGCCACUUACAGUGGUAUGCAAGUUAAAAACUGAGGCCAUGACAGAAGCUUAUGCGUGUAUCCUUGAUGUCCCGGAACUUUGAGAAUUCUCUCUUUGUAUAUUUAUACACGUGCCUUAUGUCGGAAAUGCGUGCUAACUAUCGCAGAAAUCUGCAGCGCGUCAUUGUAUUAAAGAAAAGCACAGUAAAGCGCAUCAUGCUUUCCUGGAUUAUCUCCGAUUAAACCGCAGAUAAUCAGGGAUGUCUUAGUCUUCUUGUUUUUAUAAGUUAGGAAUGUCCUCGGAUCGUGUGGCACUUUUCCGUAAUAAUCUGGGAUAUGGAAUCCACAUCGCAUAAAAUUAUGCAAGAAACAGUCCGCAAAUACUGCAGAUGACCAUAUAUGAUGCAUUAUUAGUCUACAUAUUUAUUCCGAUCAGAUCAAAGAAGAAAUGGAGCAAGCGCCAUCAUUUACUAUACUAUUCGCACGUAGCCUUAACAAGGUACCACGAGAAUACCUUGAAAGGGCUUUUCUUUCGCAAAGAGAAGUCACAAUACGAGUUAAGUCUGUGGUUUUGCUGUUCUUGUUGUAGCUGGUAAAAUGGAUUCGUGGAGAUGCUGAAAAUCAAUUGAACACAUUCUCUCAAGCUUGCGAUUCUCUGCGAUCAGCCAAUCAAAGUAAAGCACAGUUUGACGGGGAGUUUUAUCCACUGGCUAAGGUUUGAUGAAACAUUUUAUCAUUAUGUUUACAAGCCAAUGAAUACAAUACAGCUGCCUUUUGUUGCUGAUCGCUGCUUGGGACGUUUCGUGCCGGUUAGCGAUGAGAGGCGGCUACAGUUAACUAACUCAUUAUCAUCAUCGAUGGACUGUUCGGCUAAAAAGCUUCUUUUGACUGUUUGGUCGGCAGAUAGUUGCCGAUGGUUGUCACCUACUAAGGAGGUAUUCUGUCGCCCUAGGUUGCGUUCACCGUGAGACACUUCAUGACAGGGAAUAAAGAGAAUAAUUUUUGGCUAAUUGGUCCUCAGUUAACGAUCUAUAUAACUGCAGCUAGUGUGAAGUGUAACUUCAUUUCCUAAUGUAAACUUAUUAAUUACUGGCCAAGCAGGCGUCUUGCACACAAACUUUAAAUUUGCCUUUUCGCAUUGCUCAUAAUUCAUCUUGUUAUAUAACUCCGAGAGUUUUGCGUGACUGUUGUUUUCGAUCCAGAGGAAAACGCAAACUUGUAGGCGAUAAAGCCGAGAAGGUGUCUAUGGGCAAUGUAAAAUUGGCAAAUACAACUGUGUUUUUGUUAAAUGUCACGUCAUUCUAUGUAAACUUUGUUUAUUUGAACAGGAAGUAGUAUUUCAAGGAAGAGGGCUGGCAAAGCAAGCUGAGGAAAUGAGCACCAGAAAUCUUCGCGACAAGAGACCACUUCAAGCUGCCUCUAAAGUCUUGACAUCUGAUCUGGAAAACUUCAGCAAUAGAGUGGAACAUGUAAAACGCUGGCUGGAAGAUGCUGUCAAUUUUUACAAUCUUUUGAAUAAGGCGAGGGACCCAAGUAGUCACUAAUCCUUUAUGCAAACGCUUUUCCUCUAACUACAAACCAGUGGUCUUUUUUCUCAUUGGUAUUUGCUUUGAUUAAAUUAUGUCAAAGAGACAAAAAGAGGAAGACUUUUUAGUUGAAGAUUUGUCGUUUGGCCUUACAUAAUGAACCACAUCUGAAAUGCCCUCUUUAUUCCUUAUUUGCUGAAACAAUCUAUAGCCAAAAAAAAUAUAUGUAGCAAUUUGAUUGGCUUAGAGCAGUGGUAUGUCAGCUUAAUUUGAACUACCUACAUGUGAAAAUUACAAACCUUUUGCGGGCAGUAGUAUAAACAAAUAGUAGCAUUAUUUGUACGUGAUAUUUCCAAAUUGUCUCAGAUUUCACUCGCCUAAGGGCUCGUGAAAUUACGUACAACAAGUUUGAAAUAUCACUCGUGGUAUUUAUGCCAAAUAUCACUACAAAUCAUGCUAUUACCACACCCGUAGUACAUGUAACUUCAAUAAGAUUGAACCAUUGGUUGAACCAUUAUUAGUUUCGUUUUUCUAGAAACCUACGCCUACUGCACUGUCCCAUCCAAUCUCUGACUUUUAUAUUAAAAGGGAAUGCUAAACAAUAGCGUGACCGAACGGUCAUGAGUUCUUGGUUUUCAAUCUGGAAGCGUUCAUAUCCUUCCGUGACGUCAGCUAGAAGGAAUUGUAUUCUGUAAAUUCCAUCAGUUUAGAGUGUUACCAUCCAAAUGAUUGUUUUUGGUCAUUUGCUCGGCGUAACUAAUCUUUGCGCUAUAAAUACUGCCGAGGCUUAUUAAAGGACAUUUGCUUAAUUAUUAUAUUUAAAAUGUGCCAUUGUCUUAUUUACCUAGGCGGAGACGUGGUACAGUAAAGCGGCUGAGUUCUGGCCCUCCAGCUCAACACGCUCUACUUCCUACCGGGACCUACAACACCAGGAGGGAAGACUGGCGAGGUUUCUGGUCAAGUACCCACCCCUUUCCCCUCAGGAGCUGCUACAUUUGGAAACGUUUUUGGAAAAAGUCCCGGAUACCCAUUUAAGGAACCAAGCAAAGCUACUAACGCAUCGUUGUAAACAGCUAGAAAAGAUUAUCCGUGCCCGCGAGACCCAUUUAAUUGAAUAUGGCAAUGGACGAGAAACAAGCAAUGAGGAACGAUCAGUAGAUGCUCCUGGGAGAAUGCCAAGGUUUGUUCAUCAGUUAUUCUGUACGAGAAACGCCGGCUCCUGUCAUUUUUAACAGUUUCUUCUGGGUUCGAAGGUACCUUGCAUUUCGAUGCUAACUUUAUCCAACCCAGAUUCUCCACUGCCUAAAAGGCGCAAACACAGAAAGACCUUCAGGAUAAAAUUGCUCAUGUCGUGGAAGAAGCAAAACAGACAGAGUCUCAAGGCUCCUUUUUUUUACACUGAAUGGAGUCCUUGAAAAGUGGGAAAUUGGGCCUGAAAGAAAGUUAAGGGAGAAAUCGAAAAACUCCAGGAAAUGUUUGACAUUUUCCGCUAAUUCAAAAUUGUAACUUAAAUAAUAACCAUGUCCGUGUUUAUGUUUGUCAUUGUCUGCACAACAGCAGUGCACUGUCGCUUAACUUAUUCCGUAAAGAGUUGUGUGACAUGCGUGAUCAUGAAGUCGGUUUGAUAAUAAUUCAAUAUUUGUGGUUUUUCAAUUUCAGCGAAUUCCUCAAACAAACUGCGGCUGAAUCUGCAUACAGCAGGCUCAAGAACACACCCAACAGAACUAACAGCAGUAAUGGGUCUUUGUAUACCGGGUCACGUGAUUACUCCUCAGCUGAAGAAACCCUUAUUUUACCAACACCUCCUGUGAGACGACCUGCCACAGCGAUAAAUGGAACCAGUGAUUCGGCGGCGAUGGACUUGAAACAAAAGCAGCUACACAGCAGGGAAACUUCUAAACUGCCAGACUCUUCGCAGUCUGACUUUAACGGAUUUGUGAAAGGUGAUGUGAUGAGUCAAACAUGUCCCCCUGGGGAAACAGGGAGAUAUCUUAAACACAGCAGGGGUAGGGAUCCAAGAGAAAGUUUUGAGAGACAGCCGAAAUACGUCAAUUACCCUCUGGUGCAGCAAACAGAACAAAAUGGCGAUUUAUUGAACAACGGACCUUUAAAAUCAUAUACGAGAAAAAUGGCGCCUAAGAAACCGGAGCGGAAGAAAGUCAAGAAAACGGAAAAAGAAUCAAAGAGCAUAGAUAAUCUGCUUAUGGAACAGAUGAAACUGGAAAAAGAACUAAAGGAACUUCAACAAAUCAGACGAAAAAUUGUUCCUCCACUUGACUUAAGUGAGCUGAACGUAAACCACGCAAGUUUCAGUGACCACGAACGCUACCUCAAUCCUAAAUCGAUAUCAACUUCCGGUCCAAGCGUCAGUAGUCAGGGUAAGCACCCAAAAGACUUCAAGGUAUCCUCCUUAAGUUCGGGUCAUUUUACUUCUGGUCCUUCGUCCCUCACAGUUAAACCAGAACUAACUUCGGAUGAUUCGAUAGAUCGAGAAGUGGAAGGCUUGCUCAGUGAGAUGUUGUUUUUAAGAGAUGACGAAGACGAUACGUCUCCUUUGAAACAUGAUUCUCUUUCCCCUGAAGUUAAAACCUACCCACAUACAAAUGGAGCGCAGAGGUCUUCACCCAAAGUCACUACCAACGGUUAUUAUAACGGUGUUCAUGAGCCGAAAAUUUCCAACAGCUUCGUUGACAGCUCCCCGUCAUCUUCUGGAUAUACCCCACCAUCUGCUGGAAGUCAAAAAAAGCACUCAAGGGUUUCGGAUGUAUCACAAGACAAAAUUGAACAGUUUUGCGCGUUAAAACAACAGGAAAUGUACUGGAUGAGCCGGAUUCGACAUCAGCGGCAAAUACUCGCACAGCCGCUAAACACUGUUGUAAGACAUGAGGUAGAAGAGCAGUACUUCUACGCACAAGAGCAGCUUUCUGGUAUUGAGAAAGCUAUUGCAGCUUUAUUUCAACAUUUAUCCCAUGGCGAAGUUGAAGUCUUAGUGAAAAAUGGCGUGGUUAAAUCAGAUCCAGAAUAUAUUCUUUCGCCAUUUAAUUCGCAGUCAUUGCAAACCAAUAACUAUACGAACCAGUCUUACAGUCAUUUCGGCCAGCGGUUUCUUGCUCAGCAACCGCAGCAGAAUUCCACAUAUCCUUUAGUCCCAGGCCCAGCUGCUAACGGAAUAAAUGUUCCACAAAGAUUUGGAUACCAGCAAACAACAUCUCAAACUCAGUUUGCCACGAAUUUGGCUCCUUUUCAUUCACAAAGGAUUGGGAAUGCGUUCACUGGCUUCCAGGAUACAAGUAUCGGCACUGGAAAUGUUUCUAACCAAAUAGUUACGCGUGCGUCUGAUGUAAUAGUUAAUAAACCUGCUUCUGUUAACAAGGAGACACAAACAGUAAAUGGAGUUCAUGCGCACAAUGGAACAACCACUAGUAAUAUUUUAGACCGUGAUUUAAAGAAAACUGAAGAUAAUAGUGAUGAGGUGAACCAAAGAGAAAGGACACGAAAUAUCAGCAUUCUCCCUGUUAGUCAAAACACCGCGACAAAAGUACUAGAGGCUGAAGAUAGGGAGCAACGCAUCAGUAAUGCUGUUGAUAUAGCAGGCUUAUCAAAUGAAGCAUCACCUGUCAAUCAAAUUGCUGUUGGUAAACAUGAAGACCAACCCAGCGGCGAGUUUCUUGUCCAAGGAACUGAUGAUGAAAAAGAAUAUUAUGUUGCCCCUGAAGAAAAAGGAAAACUAGUGGCUGUAAAGCAGCCGAGUUUUGAUGAUCAUGAAGUUGUAAAACUAAAAGAAAAGCUUGAGUUUGAACAAAAGGAAUUGCGCGACAGCCUCAAAAGAGAGGAAAUGAAGUUCUUGGAAGAGCAGCGCCGACUGAAAGAAGAAGAAGAACGACAAAACCAGUGGAUGGCAGAACAAGAAAACCGGCGACGGCGCAUGCACGAAAGUAUGACCAUUGAUGAAAGGGAGGUGGAGAUGGUGGAAGAGGAACUGUCAGUCGAUGAGGUGAAAAAUCGUAGAUGUUUUAUUUUUUAGUUUUGAAAGAAAAAUAAGAUUUGCCUUCGCGUAAGCUUAAGCUGAUUCGAUACGCUUGAAACUCUAACAAGACAACGCAAUCACUGUCUACAUUCAAGACGUACGCCCUCGUGAGCGCCAUCUUGACUCUCCAUAGCAUCAUUGCUUCUAUCUCUAUUGAUUAAACACCAGCCCUGUUGAGAGGUCAUACUUUAACUAGUGUAUUAUUAAUUUUUUAUUUUUUGUGUGUAGGAACCUGAUGUAAAUAAAAGAGACACGGAAGAAAUACGCGAGAAGAGACUAGCAUAUUUUCGUUCCAAAACAAAUUCCGAAACACUUGAUCAAGCUAAUGAGACAGAGUCGCUAAGCAGUGAAACACAGGACCCCCAGCGGAUUAUGGCUGAAAAUACCGAGUUAAAGGAUAUCAACACUGAACCGCAAAACCCGGAGCUUGCUAUAAACGAUAGCGAACUUGUCAUGGAAAGUGAGGACGCUGAUUCCAACCCUGCAGGCUCAUCUCCAGUAGAAAGUCAGCUUGAGGAUAUAGACAUUGAACAGUGCGAUUUCAUCAGCGAGGAAAGCAAAGUAUCGCCAGAAGAUGAACUUAUAGAACUACUGAAAGCGGCCUCAGUAAGAACGUCGCCUGAAGAUCCCAAGGAAAGCUUCGGCGGGGUAGACGUUGAUGAAAUAAAAGACAUAAACAUGGAAAAAGAGGGGUUAGUGGAAGAAAAAGAGGAGGAACUUCCUGUUGAGUUACAUAGCACUGUUGCUAACAAAGACUGGAAAUCAGAUGAUGAGUCUGAUAGCUCUGAUGAUGUUAUUGAAAGGUUUGAAGCUAGUUUAAGUCUUGAAGAGCAAGGUAAAUUCAAUAAUCCAGUGUUUCGAAGUUAUUCACAGAAUAAAAAUGAGGAGGACGUGAAUUUACGGCAUGAGAGCUUUGAUAGUGAAGAGGGUCAAGAAGAGGAUGCAAGAAAUGAAGAUGGUGGAACAGCUGAAGACCAUGCUGAAUUAGAUGGUAGCCUGCUAACCGAUACCAGCGCUCAUCAGAUAGAAGAACUAGUGAAAAGACUGGGCGAGAUUGAGAAUGAAUUAAGUGACAUUGAGGUGGAAGGUUCAACAGGCUUGGAGACGACAACGAAAUCUUCGGAUCAGGAGUUUGAGGAGAUUGAAAGAUUGAUGUAUGAAGAAAAAGCUCGAAUUGCAGCAGAAGAGAAAACAAAACAGUUAGGUGAAAAUGCAUUAAGUGAUUCCUCAGACGAGGAGUUUAAACAGCUUGAGAAAGCUCUGUAUGAGCAGAAAGCUCGUACCGAAAGAAAGAGUAAAAGCGAUGAUUCAAAUGAUGAAUUCGCAAGAACGGCCUCAGAUGAAGAAUUUGAGCAGCUUGAAAAAAUGGCUUAUGAUGAAAGGACACGAAGUCAGUUCGAGGCAGAAAAUGUGUUAGGAAAACAAGAUGAAAAAUUGGCUAGUAGAGAUACGGUUAAAGAAAACGCAAAACCCCUCUCUCCACCAAAUCUUUCCAUUUCUUCAAAGAAAGCAGAAGAGGAUGAUCUUCUUGACAUCAUAGGUUCAAGUGACUCGGAAGACACCCUGAGUUCUGAAGAGACCGGGGAGAAUUUAGCCGAAGUAGGGAAACUCAUCCUAGCACAAGCGCGAGAGCAGUCGUCUGAUGACCGAGAAACACUGGGAUCUGAUGACGAGAAACCCUGUGACCGGAACGUCACGUGGACUGUGUCAACUCGUACCAGUGCUCCGGCGCCACCUAUUUCCGCUCCUGUGGCGAGUGAACAUAACGUGGCUUUUGUAAGUUUAAAUCAUCGUUCAUUUCUCUUAGUCUUGAAAUUGACGAUAGUGAAAUACUUUUAUUUUUACCUAAUGCCUACUUAAAUUUUUCUAACGGAGCGUUUCAUUUCUAGGAGCAUAGCGGAGGAGUUGUCGCAGUAAUCGAUAAUGGCUCGGGUUUUUGCAAAGCGGGAUUCUCCAAUGAAGAGCAGCCUCGAGUAGUUUUUCCGGCUGUGGUUGGCAAGCCGCGUCAUCAGGUGAGAACCUUCAUUUGGUAAAAGCUUUUGUAGUCUUUAGCUUACCGUAAAUGAACCUUAAUAACAACUGGGGCGUCCAUCAAAUUUAUAUAGUAUUGAACUGCAACUGUGACUGCAGUAAAUAAAGGGAAAAAAUUAAAAGAGUGCUAUUUUAAAAACGUUUCUGAAUGCACGUUUCCAAUGGCACUUUUGUCAGCGUUGUAUUGUUUUAGACAGAAGCGUACAGCAUUAUUGUUAGAAAGAGCCGGGCUUAAAUUUGGUUGUGGACUGCCACUGAUAUUACUUAAAGGCUACUAGUCACCUGUCUCUGUGUUCUUGACUUUCCACAGGAGGCUAUGAUGCAAGAUUACAGAGAUUUUUAUAUUGGCGAUGAGGCACAGAGCAUGCGUGGCGUUUUAACUCUGAAGUACCCACUGGAGCAUGGGAUCGUGCUGAACUGGGAUGAUAUGGAGUCCGUGAGUGUCAUGAUACGGAUAGCUGUUCCUCACACGUGUCUUCCACUCUUUGUUUUCGACCAAUCAGAAGAUAAAUAGAAACCAAUUGCGACUUCUCUGGAAGCAUUUCCCGCGCUUUUUUAUUGGCGCAUUCUGAUUGGCUAGUUGGUUAUAUGUUUGUAUUGCAAUAGGCCAUGUCCGAGUUCCCCCGGACCUCUGUUUCAAAACGAGGGUACGUGCACAGCCUUUGAUAUGAAAAUCAUUUUUCAUUCCCACGCAAAUAAAACUCAUUUUCACAAGAAAGGUUGUGCACCUAGCCUCAUUUUGAAAGUGAGGGUUUUUGGAACUCGGAAGUGGCCUAUUAUCAGACUGAGUAAUCACCGUUGGUGUGGUGUUGCGGCACUUUAAAAGCGUUGUGUAAUGAGUUACUGUUUUGAUCGCUUGUUUGUUGUUUUUUUUGUGUGUGUAGAUCUGGACUUACACUUACGACCAGCUGCGAAUUGAUUCCCAGGAUUACCCGGUGCUGCUAACAGAGGCUCCGUUGAACCCCAAGUUUAACAGGGAGCGUAUGUUACAGAUUAUGUUUGAAACUUUUAAUACACCUUGUCUGUAUGUAGCAGUGCAAGCUGUUAUGGCGCUCUACUCUACAGGGAGAACUACAGGUAAGCCGCCGCUUUGUUUGUUGUUUUUGGGCUCUUUUGUAGGCUUCAAAUUGUUUACGUUUGCUUUGAAAAGACGACAAGGUUCACAUGGAAUGCCACUUAUGACAAAAAGAUUAAUAUGUAAAUAUGAAGAAGAACUCAUGUAUUCAGGUCGUAUUAGAACUUAAUUAUUGGUAUGAAGAUAAGAAUAUGAGUCCCAUUUUCUGUAUCGAAGCGCUAAGCAUGCUCGCUUCACCGCAGAUUAAAAUGGUCAAACCUGCCGAUAAAAGGGAGUCAAUGGAAGGAAGACCACAACAAGGGCCACUACAAAAAUGACAAAGCCGCGUUUCCUCCAUGUUUUCGCGGGCUUUUCCCCCGACGCCUAGGGCAUGCUCAUUGGAUACAUCUGACCGCUGGACGGCCAAUGCGUACUCAUAACGUACGUUACAUGUUACGCAUAACGUAUACGUAUGAAAAGGCACUUAACGUAAUUAUAUUGUGUUCAUAACGUAUUUGUGCCGUACGCAACAUAACGUAUAUUUACGCUACGUACGUAUAAUUCGAACGAAUAUUUACGUUAUCAGAUAACGGUUAGUAACGUAUAGGUUUGCAUGGAUCUUGUCAACAACGUACGAAUAUUGAUGCGAAAAUAUAAUUUAGGUCGAUUUUAUAAUACCCAUAUUCUUAUCUUGAUACCAAUAAUUAUGGUCUAAUACGAAUAUUUGAGUUCUUCUUCAUAUUUACUUAUAAAUCUUUCUGUCAUAAGCGGCAUUCCAUAAGGAUAUGUUGAACCUAGCAUUAAAAUUUGUAAAUUCAUACAUGUAUUAGUUUAAUUGAUGCGCAAAGAACACGUAUUUCCAGCUUAUUUCCUUAUCGUAAAGCCCUUAGUUAUGUUUAAUUGUUACAUGAAGGUCGAAUUUUGUCAACCUGGAUUUUUGAUAAAGGGUUAGGGUCACGUAGGUGUCUUUUAUAAAUGAGUUUUGUUUUGGAUCACGUGGUUUGUGGUGGUGAAGGAUCGUGUGUAACGUACAAAAGAACCAGGUUUUUUUGCCUCUGUUGUUUGAAAUAGCUUUACAGGAAGUUGAGAACCGUACUGCGCAUGAAAUAUCUUGAGCUUAUCAGCGAUUUUCUGUUGUACUGAUAACAGGCACCGUGUUUGACUGUGGUGAUGGAGUGAGCCAUACAGUACCAGUCUACGAGGGCUACUGGCUCCCUCACGCCACUCAGAGAAUGGACCUAGCCGGAAGGGACCUCACCAGGUACAUGAUGAGGAUCCUCAAAGAACAGGGCUACUCUUUCACGACGACAGCAGAGAUGGAGAUCAUACGGGAUAUCAAGGAGAAGCUAGCCUAUGUUGCACUUGAUUUUGAGCAGGAAUUGCAAGAAUCUGAGACCAGCAACAAGUUCGAGGAGUUAUAUAUGGUGGGUGGGAUUAUGUCUGAAAGAGAUGUGGGAGGGGGGAGGGGAAAGGAUGAUUCGCGGCAAAAUAUUCACCGACGUAAAGGAACAUUCACGCGACACGCAACAUGUUGAACGCGAAGUCAGCGUACUACUACUAUGAGACAGAGUGCGCUUUCGCUUGUCCUUUCAAACUAAGUUCGUGAGCUUUGAUUAAGCGAUUGUCACGACAGGCUGUCUUUGAAAUCCCAAAAUGAAACAAGUUUUGAUCAAAAUAUGUAAGCAUUUGUUUCAUGUGAAAUGCAGCAGGUUUUGAAGCGGAGCAAAAGGAACAGUUGUCAUUGGAUUAACUUUAACCGACAUGGGAAUAACUGGCCCCUCGUUUUCACGACCUUAGUGAAUUACUUUUCUUGGUAACUAGGUUUUGUCAGCGUAGUUUACGUACGAUUACACCAGAAUGGCUUCUGUUAAAACUAGGUUUACUGUGGUAUCGUUUACUAAGCCCUUCCUACUUCUCGCAUCUCUGUUAUAUUAAAUUAGUCACGCACACUUGGCGGCCAAGUUCACAAAAACAGACCUUAACUACAACUCAAACGAUUAUACUGCGCUUGUUUCUUCUUUUCCAGCUCCCAGACGGCCAGUCUAUACGCUUAGCAAGCGAGCGGUUUCGCUGUCCAGAAGUACUGUUCAAUCCCAGUAUGCUUGGGAGGGACAUUGUUGGAAUUCACGAGUCUAUCUACAAAUGUAUUACUAAAUGUGACGUGGACAUCAGAAAGGAAUUACUUGAGAACAUAUUGUUAUCAGGUGAGAUAGGUCAUUCUUUGAGUACUAACACUGCUUAUGAAUUGCCAGCCAGUAAUACUUAAUGAACCCUUGCUUCCAUCUGAAUCAUAUCAGGGAGAGAGAGGUUGGGAAGUCUUACGUCGGUUGUCUUGUUGACUGUAGGGCGACCCCGGGAGUUGGAGGUACUCCUUAUAAUGGCCAACACGGGGAGGCUCCGCCCGAAAGGAGUAGAGAUUUCGUUGGUUGAAUUAUAUGAAAGGGUAGGGUAUGUCUAAAAGGGUUAACAAGUUGCUACGCUCGCUCCGCAGAAACUAUUGAAUGGGACCUCUAUCAUAGCUUCAGCCGACUUUCUUUACUCUCGGUGAGUACAGUGACGGUGAAAGUGAGAGAAAAAGAAAAAAAGCGUGGCUUUCAGUUGAAGGACACAUUUUUAAUACGACUCAAUAGUCUGUCAAGUGUCCUGUUAUUAGGGCGGACAAUACGCUGCUAUAGAGGCUUUGGUAAGUCUCAUUUCUUCCCUCUUUCAGUAAAGCAGCUAGUAAUAGUACCUUUCAAAUUUGACUUUUGCAGGCGGCAGUACCAUGUUACCUGGGCUAGAACAAAGACUUCAUAAGGAGAUUUUUACGCUAGUCAAUCCACGUGACCCAGGACGGGUCAAGGUCAUAAGCCCGGAAGACCGGAAGUACGCCGUGUGGAAAGGCAGUGCCGUGCUUGCUGGACUGUCGACUUUCCCUCAGAUGUGCAUUUCAGUUCAAGAGUAUGAUGAGAUGGGUCCAGACAUUGUUCACAGAAAAUGUUUUUAAUGUAAUUAGGCCUCAUGGCAUUUUUUACCCUGCGUCGCAGACAUAAUCUUACCUCGGCUUGUGACGUCUGUGAAGCAGCCCUGAGAUCCUUGUUUCGCACCCUCAAUGAACUCAACGAAUUACCAGAUCUUUUUGGCUUGUACGUUUUGUUUUCCCAAUUCAAACCACGUGACGUUCUCAAGGGAAUUUGUAUUUUGUCGUUUUGUCAGUUAUGCAUGCAUAUGCACAUGAACAGGAAGACAUUUGGAAGAAACAGUUCUCUGGGGGAACAUCACAUGGCCUGAAAUGUGAAAAACUAAACAUACAAGCUAAAAAGGUCUAUUUUUUAUCAAGACUGAUUGGCCAAUCAAAGAAUAGCUUUAUUAACAGGCCAUUCAUGGCGCAUUAUGAUAGCUGGUAACCUAGACCAAGGUUUCAUGCGCUGUUUCGCAGAUGGACGUAACAAGAGGUUUAGUUUCGUAUGUCACGCAGUCUAGUCAUGUUACACUCGCGAAUGUCUUUUAAUAUCCUGUUUCUCGAGGCUUUCUAGUGUACGCCCUCUCCUCCUCGAUUGGUGUUUAACGCCUAACGUUCUUUGAGACAAAAUCUCGACUCAGUCGUCUAGUGGGCUGUACGAGACAUGCGGCCGUAAGAUAAUUGAGCAUUUUUCGUUUUCUUUUCUCGUGAUUUUCUUGCGAGUUUAAAAAUACAAACAAACAACGAACAGCAACAAACAGCAGCAACUUGUGCCACAGGUGAAUCAAGGGAGCAUUGACCAGGGAAGCACAGCGUUGUAAAAAUUUUUCGUCGUUGUUUAGUUCUUUUUUAUGAGCGAAGAGAUAUUUAAAUGCGAACUUGCUACUGUAUUCAUGGUAAAAAUGCAUUUCGCAAUAACGUUAUAAUGUAUCAUUUUAUAUAUUUUGGGUCUGCGAAGGUAAAGAUGUUUUCGAAAACAUUUUCAGCUUCCUAAUGUUGGAUAUUUUAUACGAAUUAAUUUGAAGAUUAUAUUUAAGCUUUUUAUAAAAUGCAUUUGUAGCCCGAUGUGUUGUCGAGACAAAGCUAAGUGAUUUACAAAAGCUAAGCAUUUUUAACAAGUAAUUUUAAAACAUUUUGUACUCAGGUAAGAUGUAACUUACUACCGUUUUUGUUCAAGUUGGUUGUAACUUUCGACAUUUUGUCCGUAUAAGGCCUCCAUAGUAAAUUCUGGACUUUCUUAUUCGAUCUAAAUCAAUGACAAAAAAAUAAUUCUAGAGAUAAUUCUAAUUCUGUAAUUCUAGAGAUAACUCCUCAUACCAAAAGAAAGCAGAAAGAAAAAGAAGAAGAAGGAAAAAACAAAUAUAUUAGAGCUACAACAGAUGCAGUUCAGAAUUUAUACAGCUUCACCCGUUUCGUACUUUACAGAAUAACUGCGCGCUUUCUUGUAAAGAUUCUUGAUGUUAACAUUCAAGUAGGUGUUACCACAAGCGGCUUUUCUUAGAAUAUAUAUACGCGUCAUCCAUGAAACAUAACACGAACAGGAAGCAGAGUAAACGCGCAUUAAUUUUAUUAAAUGGAC